CGCCCAACCCCAUCCCCGAGCGGAGGUCAGGAGUAGGUAUAUAUACCAGACUGUACGCUUGUGCAACCCAGUCACUUGCUCACUCCUCACCUCAGCAUCUGCUCUCACCCUACGCCCCCCCCAUCUUCUCUUGUUACACGAUCUUUCCUAGCCUACUUGCAAUCGUUCGGCUUUUCACAAAAUGUCUGUCCUCCCACCCUCUUCUGACAUGAGCGGCAAGGUCCGCGAGACCCCUGCUGGCGCCAACUGCACUGGCGCUGGCUACGUGGUAGAGGGCAGUGAAGAGCUCAAGUACAGCUACAGCUUUGUAGACAAUGUCUUCGAUCAGAAGAAGGAUGACCUGGCCUCGUACUAUCACAAGUGGGGUCGCGUUCUGGUCCUGCUCGAUGACAACCUCAACGCCCUGUACGGCGAUGCCAUCAAAGCCUACUUCAACUCGCACAAGAUCGCGCCCACUCUGCAUGUGUUCAAGGGAGGUGAGCUGCACAAGAACAUGGACACCAUGCUCAGCUUCGUCGACGCUAUGGACAAGUUUGGCUUGAUCCGCAAAGAGCCCGUGCUCGUCGUGGGCGGAGGUUUGGCUUCUGAUGUGGCCGGCUACGCCUGCGCCAGCUACAGGCGUUCCACCAACUACAUCCGCGUCGGCACUACUUUGAUCGCACUGAUCGAUGCCGCCAUCUCCAUCAAGGUCGGCAUCAACCACGGCAAGUUGAAGAACAGGCUCGGAGCUUACCACGCCCCCAUGCACACUUUCCUCGACUUUGACUUCCUCAAAACUUUGCCCGAGGGCCAAACAAGAAACGGCUUCGCAGAGAUUAUGAAGAUUUCUCACUGCGCAGAGAAGCCCACUUGGGAUCUGUUGGUCAAGUACGGACCUGAGCUGGUCAAGACCGGCUUUGGACGCAAGGCAGGAAGUGCUCCCGAACUCAAAGGCGUAGCAGACGAGGUGUGCAGACGAGCCAUCCUCAAGAUGCUUCAGCUCGAGUCUGGCAAUCUGCACGAGAUUGGACUGGAUCGGGUCAUUGCGAGCGGACAUGGUAUCAGUCCCACUCUUGAGCUCGCUCCCUUCCCUCCCCUUCGUCAUGGGCACGCCAUCACUGUGGACAUGUCUUACACCAUCAUCAUGUCCCACGCUCGAGGUCUCUUGACGGAUGCGGAGCGCGACGAGUGGUUCACUCUCGCACAAGGCGUUGGCUUGACCAUCGACCACCCCAGCCUCGACAAUGAGCUCUUGCAUCGCAGCGUCGAGGCCAUCAUGAAGACUCGCGAUGGCCUUCAACGUUUCGUCCUUGCCGGGCCUUACGGCAACUGCAUGUUCGCCAAUGACAUUUCCCAGCAAGAAUUCGAAAAGGUGCUAGCGGCUCACAAGAGCUACGUCAAGCAGCGCUUCCCUCAAUAUCCUGGCGAAGGGCAAGAUGCCUACGCUGAUGCUGGUGACCUGGGUGCUGACCCCGAGGCUCUCAAAGCGGAGAAGAUUCGCAACGGCGAGCACCCAGCGCCAUCGACCAAGGCAGCCACCAACGGCAUCCACCCUGCCCUCGAGUCGUCCAGGGGCCAACCUGUUGCGGCAGCAUAAGCUUCUUGCGACUGGACUCGACUCGACCCGAUUUCUCGUGGCCCCGUCUCGCUUCGACAUUAGCUUACCCCCCGCGCCCCGAAUCAGCACAACUUUGCUUCCCUGCAGCACAUUUGAAAUCAAAGUCUUGUCGACUGUCUCCCUCGAACAUGUCAGAUUCGAAGCUACUCUCCCAUCUGGUCAUCGAUUGCAGCUUCUUGCUCCUCGUCUGUUCUUCUCACAUGUCGUCUCGAAUGCAAUGAAUCGACCCUGUUGGCGAGACAUCC